AUGAAUUCUAUCUUAAAUACAUACAGUCCAUUAUCAACAGACAUAUACAAUGAAUGUCAUGGAUAAUAGAUGAUAGAUGAAUUAGCAAUCUAAAAAAUAUUAGUUAUAGGAGCUGGAGGUUUGGGUUGUGAAAUUCUUAAGUCAUUGGCACUUAGUGGGAUAAAAGAGAUCCAUGUUAUUGAUUUAGACACAAUAGAUUUAACAAAUUUAAAUAGAUAAUUUUUAUUUAGAAUGAAAGAUGUUGGUAAAUAUAAGGCAGAAGUAGCUGCAGAAUUCAUUAUGAAAAGAAUUCCUUCUUGUAAAGUGAUACCUUAUACAAAAAAAGUAACUAUUUAAAUGUAAUUCAUAGAUAUAAGAAUUUCCCAUUAAUUUUUAUUAAGAAUUCCCAGUAAUAAUUGCUGGUCUAGAUAAUAUUGAAGCCAGGAGAUGGAUUAAUAGAGUUGUUAUUCAAAUGGUGUAAAGAGAUGAAAAUGAUAAAGUUAUUGAUGAAAGUCGUCAUUAUUUAAUAGAUGGAGGAACAGAAGGAUUAAAUGGAUAAGCUAGAGUCAUCUCCCCUUUUGAAACAGCUUGUUAUGAAUGUACACUAAGUUAACUACCUAAAUAAAUACAAUUUUAAAUGUGUACAAUUGCUUCCACUCCAAGAAUACCUGAACAUUGCAUAGCUUAUGCUUAUGAAGUAUUAUGGUCUAAAGAAUAAUCUGAUCUUAAAUUGGACAAAGAUAAUUUUGAUCAUAUUAAUUGGAUUUAUCAAAGAGCACUUGAAAGAGCUUAAUAAUUUAAUAUUUAAGGAGUCACAUAUAAAUUGACUUUAGGAGUUGUUAAGAAUAUAAUCCCUGCUGUUGCUUCAACUAAUGCUAUUAUUGCAUCAAUAUGCACAGUUGAAUGCAUUAAAAUAUUAACUGGUAAUGGUAGUCAAUUAAAUAAUUAUAUUCAAUGGUAUGGUUAAAAUCAUUAAACAGGAAUAGGUAUUAAUGUAAUAUAACAAGAAAGAUUAGAAGAAUGUACUGAAUGUUCUAUCUAAUCUUUAGAAAUUACAGUAAAAAGAACUGAUAAUAUUUCUAUUUUAUUGACAUUAUUACCACCAGAUAUUGAAUUAUAUAGUAAGGGAUAAACAUUGAUAACAAAUAACAUUAGAAGGAAAUAAGGAUUUGCUCACAUUUUAGAAAAGACAUUUUAAAAUUUAAUAGAUGAAAAAUUAAUUGAUGAAAAAACAACACUAUAAGCCUAUGAUAAACAUAAAACUAUAAAUGUGAGAGUUCUAUAUGAAUGA